CAGAUCGCGAAUCAGUCGCGUGCGUCUUCUUCGUCGUCGCGGAUCGUUCACCGUGUGUCAGAGUCAUAUUAGUGGGGGUGGGUGGAAGUGGACUUUGGGGAAUAUAUUGUGUUGUAGAGUAUCCAGCUGAUUUACUUAACGAGUGGAUUCUACCUGCCCUGGCUGGCAAGGAAAAUUCUACACGAAGCAUUUUUCAACUCAUCCAGUCCAGAUCAGCUUUCCUUGGAAGGAGGAAACCCAACAAAGUGGCAAAUUGGCCAUUAACUCCGACCAAGUGGAGGGUGAAAAUUGUGCGGGAAAAUGCUUGGAAAGGAUACCUCAAACGGCUGCGAGCACUGAUAUUUCACCCGAGGACCAUGGACGCGGUGCGCUUCUCGAUAAUCGAAAACGAGAUGAAAUGGGAGGACGAGUACCGGAUGUACUACGCAGACGGCGAAGCCGUCGAAUCCGGCCACGCGCUGGACGGCUCUCCGUCCACAUCCCGCUACCGGCUGAGCAUUUCGAGCGAGAGUGACGUCGCGGGGGUGGAGAUAUCUUCACCUAAUCAGCCCCACGACCUGUGCUCCGGUAGCCGCGAGGGUCAGGACGAAAUCUGGGCCUACUCGGAGAUCGAGGCUGCACUGAAGGAACUGCCGGACGCGGACCGGAUCGGCGAGCUGCUCGACAGUUUGGUGCCGGUGGGCGAUGUUUUGGUGGACUAUGGGUUUGCGCUCGAUAGUACGCUGCUGCUGGCCGUUUGGGCGAGCAAACACGAUAUGUUGGGGAAGAUGGUGAAGGGGUUGGGGGUGGACGUGAAUGCGAGUGACUGCUGGGGUCGAACGGCGCUGCAUUUGGCGUGCUAUAUUGGGGAUUAUCGGGCGGUUGAGCUGCUGCUGCAAGCUGGUGCUAGGGCCCAGUGCUGGGAUAAGCAGAGGAAGGCGACUCCACUGCACUGUGCGGCGAGCUGCGGAAGUGUCGAGUGCAUUGGCUUGCUACUGGCGAAGGGCGCGGACAUCAACGCCGGCAUCGAAAAACAUUCCCCGCUGCACUACGCCGUCCAGCGGAACAGCAAACGGUGCGUCGAAUAUCUGCUCAAGAACGGUGCCAACCCGAACACUCCCCAGGUGUACACGCAGACGCCGUUGCACGUGGCGGCCUCGAACGGGUUCGUCGAGUGCAUGGACUUGCUGCUGAACAACGGUGCGGACGCACGAUCGCAGUACGGCCAGAAGAAGAUCACUUCGUUACAUCUGGCUGCGUCCGAGAACUACCUGGAGUGUGUGAAGCUGCUGCUGAACGCUGGAGCGGACAUCGACGCCCGCAACAAGGACCAGCAGACGCCACUUCAUCUGGCCUGUCUGUCCCAGUGCCACGAAACGGUCACCUACCUGAUCAGCAAGAACGCUGACGUCCACGCGGUCUACCGAGAUGGGAGAACCGCUCUGCACGCGUCUAUCGUCAAAGAGUCCCGCUUCUGGGACACCACUCUGAGUCUGCUGAAGGCCAAGGUGGACGUCAACCGGGCGGAUAACUUUGGCUACACCCCGCUCCACAUCGCGGCCCUCAACGAGUUCAGCAGCUGCGUCUUCCUGCUGAUCGAGUACGGCGCGGACAUCACCGCUCGAACCAACGGCGGAGUGUCCGCCCUGUCCUUCAUCAUCCGACGAACCCCGGAAAUCAUCCCCAAGUACAUCGACAAGCUGGACACCGCCAUCAGCGUCAACAGCAUCCACGAGAUCGGCGACGUCGACUGCGAGAUCCGGCUCGACUUCCGGCUUCUCGUGCCGAACAACGAUCGCGGCGAAACCGAACUGCUGCUCGCCUUCAUCGAGGUCGGCCAACGGCGCAUCCUGAAGCACCCACUUUGCGAAACGUUCCUUCUUCUAAAGUGGCGUCGCAUCCGCAAGUUCUUCCUGUUCAGCCUGUUCUUCCACGGCCUGUUUGUGCUGCUCUUCACCGCGUACGUCCUCGGCGUGUACGUCAAGGACUGCCGGACGCUGUCUUGCCGCACGGCGCCGUACAUUCCCGUCCUCGGCUACAGCGUCAUCUUCCAGAAUCUGACCCUGAUGACGAAGGAGAUAUUCCAAAUGAUGCACGGGUUCGUGGGGUACGUGCGCUACUGGGAGAACUGGCUGCAGUGGAGCAUCGUCGUCGGGGUGUUUCUGUGCACGGUGAGAAUUUCCCUUAUCCUCUUAAACAAAGUGCACAUGGUAAAAUUCCCUAAUCUUUUCCAGCAAAACCCGACGGCCGAAAUCAGCACCGUGCCCAUCUGGCAGCACCACGUGGCGGCGAUCGUCAUCUUCCUGGCCUGGCUCGAGCUGAUGAUGCUCGUCGGACGCUUCCCGGUGUUCGGUCUGUACGUGCAGAUGUUCACCACGGUGGCCGUCAACUUUUCCAAGUUCCUGAUGGCGUACUGCUGCCUGCUGAUCGCGUUUGGUCUCAGUUUUUGCGUACUUUUCCCAAACUACAUCGCGUUCAAGCAGAUCCUCCGCGGGCUGCUCAAGACGAUCGUGAUGAUGGCCGGUGAGCUGGAAUUUGAAGAUAUCUUCUACGGGGGAAGCAUACAGAUUCAAUACCCGGGAACCGCCCACGGCAUGUUCCUUGCGUUCGUCCUGCUGGUUACGGUCAUUCUGACGAAUCUGCUCGUCGGUCUAGCCGUCAGUGACAUCCAGGGACUGCAGCAAUCCGCCGGAUUGGAUCGACUCUCGAGGCAAGCCGAGCUGAUAUCACGGCUGGAGAGCCUCAUGUUCUCGAAGCUGCUGCGGAAGGCUCCAAUUCGGCUGUGGGCGAUAUUCCAGAAGAUCGCCCUUCUAAAGACUUCACGCUUCCGUUUGCACUUUCGCGUCAAGCCGAAUGAUCCUCGGGAGAAAAGGAUCCCCAAGGAACUGAUCACCUCGAUCUACAAGCUGGUGGCGGAACGCCGCGAGCGGAACCAAUCGAUGAAGCGCAAACGCACCCACCGGAACAUGCAAACGUUCCGCGAGCUGCUCGAGGAGGACGCGGCGGCGACGGUGACGCUGCGGAGGCAACGCUUCAAGAAUCGCACCAGCAACAAGAACCGAACCGUGUCGGAGAGUCCGUAUCUGGCUUCCGGGGUCGGUGGAAGGUCCGUGCAUGGAUCGUCGACGUCGCAUCAGUUGAAGGCCCUUGAAGAGGGGCAGAAGUUGAUACUGAUGAAGCUGGCCGAGCUCGGCAAGGAGGUGGACAGUUUGAGGGCGAAAGUGAAGACCGGUUGAAGGGUUGGGCAUGCAUGAAUGGAAUUUAGUUAAUGUUGAAGUAUCAAUAAUUGUUAAAGCAUAAUAAA